CUAGCCACAAUCUAUUUCCAUUUCUGUGUCUAUGUCUCCCUUCCUCCAAGUCAGCGCCGUCCAUUCCACCUCUCUUUCCUUCUAGCUGCAAUAAAAAAACCCCACAAACACCGCAGCCGCCGCCACCGUUCUGCAAAUGGCAGAUGAUUGGGAUCUUUACGCUGUGGUAAGGGGUUGCAAAUCAACCAACCAAACCACCCGAAACAUCACCAUCACCGCCACCGGUAUCGCACCCACAAACCCCAUCCACACACCGCCGGAUGAAGUCGAAAACGAUCCUUUUUGGGAGUUGUUGGACUCCGACGAGUUAACCGAUCCGUUGUUCUCUAUUACCAAUCUAGACGUCCCAAAAGAAGCCAAUGGUUUCCAAGAGCUGCAGCAGUCCUUUUUUCGCAACCCCACCACCACCACCAACAACGACCACGAUCCCACCACUAACAACACCACCUUUGGACCUAAUAAUAUUAUUCCAAAUUCCCCCACUAUUUCUGACUUUGGAGGAUCUAGUGGUAGUGGCCAACAUCACCUCCAACAUCAACAACAACAACAGCAACAUCAUGCACAACUCCAACAACAACAGCUGCAGCAGCAGCAACAUCUUUCGAUGCCGACUCGUUUCACCCGGGGAAUUCCGGCUCCGGGUUUUCGAGGAAUCUAUGGCCAACAACAACAACAACAAAUUAUACAACCCGGGGAUCAAAAUCUUCAACCCGAGCAGCUCCAAACUCAGCAGGGAUUUAGGAGGCCCAGGUUCAUCAAUCCCGCUUAUCCUCAUCCUCGGCUACCAACUCGCCCACAAAGAAGAAGGAAAACCCAGCAAAAGAAAAAUGUUCAUGAAGUGAAAGCGGAGGAUCUCAUCAGCGCGGAUUUAUGGGCGUGGCGGAAGUACGGCCAAAAACCUAUCAAGGGUUCUCCACACCCAAGGAACUACUACCGAUGCAGCAGCUCAAAAGGGUGCCCGGCGAGAAGGCAAGUGGAGCAGAGCACGACAGAACCCAACAUCUUCAUAGUUACAUACACCGGGGACCACACUCACGCUCGCCCGACUCAUCGAAACUCGCUUGCCGGGAGCUCCAGGAACAAGCUGUCAGCUGCAUCUGCGAGUCAAAAUCAGCCAAUCAACAACGACUCCGGUUCGACAGCUGUUCCCAACCCCUCGUCUCCCACCACCGGACUACCCAUGACAGUCCAAGCUGAGGCCGUGCCUGUAGCCAAUAAGGUCAAUUCUGACAAUUCACUUGACAAAGAAAAUGAGGAAUUUGAUGAGGAGGAGGAGACGGAUCAUGAGAACGAGAAUGAGAACGAGGUUGAGGACGAUGACGUUGUGAUCCCGGACAUGGACAUGUCGGAUGAGAUAUUCUUGGGGCUGAAGGAACUGGGUGGUACUAGUUCUAAUGGCACUGGGAGUGGAAGUUUCUCUGGUUUGUGCUUCCGGUGAUUAUUUUUUCGGAUAAUAGGGCAUUGAGUUUGGAGUCUUCUUGGGCUGCUGCUAAUUGCUCCUCCGCUGGCGGUGGUUCCUAGUAGCCAACAAGUAGGGAAGAUGCAUAAGUUUUUUAUUUAACCUUUUGUUACCAUGUUACGGUGUUAGUUCUAUGAGAGGAGAGAUUUUUCUAGUGUGACCGGUAUACGGGAUGAUACAGUAUAUGUCACUAUACGAAUGAUGUGAUAUGUGUGUUAAAAUGUUAAUAACUUAAAAAAUAAAAUUUCUCACCACUUCUAUAAAAAUAAGUGGUGUACCACUCAUAUUCCGGU